GGCAACCGGCUGUUGUGGCAUUAAACAGGCCGCUCACUCUAAUUGUUUGGUUGGCUGGCUAGCUAAAUAGACACGAUUUACUUAUGAUAGUCAACGCUACUAUUAAUUUAAAGUUGCCUUAUAUUUCGGCGACGUGUUUAGUGACGUCACUGUUGUCGUCUCACAGGUGAGUAAACCUUUGAUGCAAACAUGUAUGGCGCGCCGGUGGAUUUAUCUUUCAAACACAUCUGCAAUUUAGCAGAUGCAUGGACACAGAAACCCAGCGAGGGUCUGCGGCCUUUAAAGAGAAAUUCAGCAAUGAAGUACAUAAGCCACUCUCUGCGUCUUAACAACAACAGCAUCACCAACAUCCAGGAUCUCCAUAAAACUACUAGCCACUUCCUGGCUGAGCCAUCUCAGCUGGCAUGGCUGGACCUGUCCUUCAACAACAUCACACAUAUAGACCAUGUGUUGUGUGAGCUGCAUGAGCUGCGAGUGUUAUAUCUUCAUGGCAACAACAUUUUUAUUCUGUCAGAGGUGGAAAGGCUGCGAGCGCUGCCACAUUUACGUUCCAUCACUCUGCACGGGAAUCCUAUAGAAACCAACAAAGCUUACAGGAAUCGUGUAAUUUCAGCUCUGCCUUGGUUAAAGAAUAUGGACUUCAGCGCUGUAACACAGCAGGAACGAGUCAUGGCAAAAAUCUGGCAUCAAAGCAACACCCGCAGCCAAAGCAUCAAGGACACUCUAAAGUGACUGCAUGUCUUUUUGUAGUGUGCUGUAUAUGCAUCUGUGAAAAAGCAUUUUAUAUUAUAUGAGCAUGUGGACGUUUACAUUUAUGUAAUAAGACACUAGACCUUAUGUUUAAGUUUUUAAUGAAUUGAUUAAACCGAAGAGAGAACAAAAUAAAACUUUUAAAACUUU